AUGCCUGUAUUUGUACAAGUCCAGCCUGCUGCCCCAGAGCUGGUGUCAGCCGUGGCGCUGGACAGCUCCUCUGUCAACAUCAGCUGGGUUGCCACGGACAACGGGAACAGCAGCAUCCUCUACUACCAGGUGGAGUACAAACUCAGUGAUGCGCCGGUUUACACCGCCCUCCCUGACCGUAUCCCAGCUAUGGGCAACACCGGCUGGUUUGUCAUCGAUAACCUUGAGCCGGCGGAGUUGUACUACUUCCAGGUCCGAGCUUGGAAUAUCAUCGGUAUCAGCCAACCAGGAAACGCUCUGGAGGUCCAGACCUUCGCUGCAAGCCCUUCAGCCCCCAGAAACCUGCAGGUUCCGUAUAAGAACUCCACAGCUGUGCAGCUGAGCUGGGAGAGACCACAGCAGAGGAACGGAGAUGUGCGGGUGUACGAACUGCAGUACAGGGACCAGGGGUCACAGGAUUUUGACUCGAUCGAGGUUGUGUCGUCCAGUCCCACCACGACCCAGCUGGUGGUUAACCUCUGGCCCCUGACCUUUUAUAACUUCCGUGUGCGAGCGGCGACGGUGUGGAACGGAGAGAGACUGUGGGGGAACUACAGCAGCUUUCUACAGGUGCAGACCAACCCUGGAGGUAAGCUGUCAAUCUAUCAAUCAAUCAAUCAAUCAAACAAUCAAUCAAUCAUUAUGACGAUUUGGAACGGAGAGAGACUGUGGGGAAACUACAGCAGCUUCCUACAGGUGCAGACUAACCCUGGAGCCCCGUCAGCAGCCCCUCAGAACGUCCAGGCCACAGCAAACUCCUCGGACACGAUUCUGGUAGAAUGGCGUGAGAUCCCCUUCAGCCUUCAGCACGGCGUGAUCACAUCCUACACCCUGCGCUACAAACGCACAGACAACGGCGAGGCGUGGAGCACCAAGACGCUCGGCCGCCCGGAUACGGCAACCUUCCUGUCGGGCCUGAAGCCAUACAGGGAGUACAGGAUACAGGUGCAGGGGAUAAAUGCAGAGGGGUCAGGACCCUUCUCUGAUCCUGCUGAGGCACGGACCUUCCAGGCUGCCCCAACAGGUGCUCCUACAGAUGUCAGUAUCACAGGUGUGUCUCCAACAGCCAUACAAGUCACCUGGCAGCCUGUAAGUGCAGAGUUUCAGAACGGUGUGAUCGGAGGUUACCGCCUGAAGUUGGAUGGACGGGAGCACACGUACGUGGCCGACGCAGGGAACAGGGCGGUGACGAUUGGAGGACUGAGGCCGUGGACAGAGUACCUGGUGGAGGUGGCUGCCGUGAACGUUGGCCUGAAUGUAACGGGACUGUACAGUGCUGCCAGGAUGGGCAGGACUCUGGAGGAUGUCCCCGGCCCCAUCUCAGGCCUGACCGCCGAGGUCCUCUCCUGGAGCUCCGUACGGUUGUCAUGGCUACCCCCGGCCGCGCCCAACGGCGUCGUCACGGGUUACGUGGUCGGCUACGUCCCCAUUGGUCGGCACCUCCCCACCACCCGGCAGCCAACCACGGCCCAGACGACGGAGCGAGCGCAGAAUGGGACCAGCGGGAACAACACACAGGGGGAGGAGCCUACUGACACCUCUGCCUCCAGAGUAACCCGAGACACAGGCCCCACCUUUGACCUUGACCUUGAGAACGCGACCUUGAUCACCAUGGAGACGAGAGAGACCAGUAUAGUCCUGGAGGGCCUGUACCCCAGUACAGUGUACCAUGUACAGGUGGUGGCCAAGACUGGAGCUGGGACUGGUAGUACCACUGUCAACAUCACUGCUACUACAUGUAAGUAA